ACAGCGAUGGCCGCCGAGGAGCGAGGCGGAGAGCCCCGAGAUAACAUGGGGAACCACCUCCAGCUGGUGCCUGUAGAGAGCGAGGAAGAGGAUGACAAUGAAAUGGAAGUGGAAGACCAAGAUGGUAAAGAAGCUGAGAAGCCAAACAUCAUUAAUUUUGAUACCAGUUUGCCCACAUCACAUAUGUACCUGGGCUCGGACAUGGAGGAGUUCCACGGCAGGACGCUGCACGAUGACGACAGCUGCCAGCUGAUCCCCGUGCUGCCGCGGCUGAUGGUGAUGCUGAUCCCCGGGCAGACGCUGCCGCUGCAGCUCUUCCGCCCCCAGGAGGUCAGCAUGGUGCGCAGUUUAAUCCAGAGAGACAGAACCUUCGCCGUCCUGGCCUACAGUAAUGCACAUGAGAGGGAAGCACAUUUUGGAACCACAGCAGAAAUCUAUGCCUACAGAGAAGAGCAGGAAUAUGGAGUUGAAACAGUGAAGGUGAAAGCAAUAGGAAGACAGAGGUUCAAGGUGCUUGAAAUACGAACACAGUCUGAUGGAAUCCAGCAGGCUAAAGUACAAAUCCUGCCUGAGCGAGUGCUGCCUCCCACCAUGGCAGCAGUGCAGCUGCAGUCCCUCAGCAGGUGCCACGUGCUUCCCUCUUCCAAACCCUCCUGGCAGGACAGAGCCAUCAGGCAGUGGUGGCACAAGUACCAGAAGAGGAAGUUCCACUGUGCAAGUUUGACAUCUUGGCCCCCCUGGCUCUACUCUCUCUAUGAUGCUGAAACCUUGAUGGAAAGAGUCAAGAGGCAACUCCAUGAGUGGGAUGAAAACCUCAAAGAUGAAUCUCUUCCAUCAAACCCAGUAGAUUUUUCUUACAGAGUUGCUGCCUGCCUGCCCAUUGAUGAUGCUUUACGUAUCCAGUUGCUCAAAAUAGGCAGUGCUGUGCAGAGGCUCCGCUGUGAGCUGGACAUCAUGAACAAAUGUACAUCUCUCUGCUGUAAGCAAUGCCAAGACACAGAAAUAACAACCAAGAAUGAAAUAUUCAGCUUAUCCUUGUGUGGGCCCAUGGCAGCCUAUGUGAAUCCCCAUGGAUACAUCCAUGAAACCCUCACUGUAUAUAAAGCCUCCAACCUGAGUCUCAGUGGACGGCCCUCCACAGAGCACAGCUGGUUCCCUGGGUACGCCUGGACCAUCGCGCAGUGCCGGGUCUGCGGCAGCCACAUGGGCUGGAAGUUCACGGCCACCCGGCGGGAGCUGGCCCCGCCCCGCUUCUGGGGGCUGACGCGCUCGGCGCUGCUGCCGCGCAUCCCCGGCGGCGAUGCCGAGGACUCGGAGCGCGGCCGCUCGCCGCUGCUGUGCCUGUGACCGCCGGGGACGCCCCGGUGCCAGCCCUGCCCGCGCUGCUGCCCUGCUCCCUCAGCCGGGGAGCCAGCUCAGCCCUGCGCUCCUCCUGGAUCCGCGGGGGACGCCAGGAACUCUGGUCCGCGUGGACGCACUUGAGACUGGACUUGUGUCAUUCUCACUGGCAGUGAAGGAAGGGGGAUGGAAACUAAACUCCGGCUGAAAUCCCAAUAAGCAGAGUCUGGUUGAUGCAGUAUUGCUGGGAUGGUAGAUAGCAGUUACCUGCUGUGGAGUGUUUGCCAUAACGCGCUGACAUUACACACGUGGUGUGCUGAGAAUCCCCGUUCUAACUCUGUGAAAUCCUUCGGGUUUGCUGCUUGUGCUGUUUCUCAGCUUUUUGCUGAAUAACCAUGGAAGAGAGGAGCAGCCUGAGAGUUUCAGGGUGCUGGAAUUGCAGCUGCCUCCCAGGAUGGAACCCGUGGGGAAGUGUCUGUUCCUUACAAGUUGUCUCAUCUGUUCAGUCCAUUUGACUGUAGAAGUCUUAAAUUUUAAAUUGUUGAUAAGGAGUGCACAGGUCAGUCCCAGAGGGUAAACAGCAUUGUCAUGUUCUGUUCAGUGUGCUUCAAUUACUCCCCCAAAUUACUGCUGGUUAAUUUACCAGUGGAGAUGUCCAGGGGUUUGGGAAGGACUCUAAAACACCCCACUGAAGUAAUUUUAAAGUACUACUUGUUGUGACAAAGGGAAGGAAAAAUCUCUUUUAAUUAUUUUGUUUUAACUUUCAGAUCAUAAAGCAAAAUUUCACAUUAUCGCCUUAUAAAGAGCAAAAAUUUCCAAAUAAAACAGAAAUAAAGGCAAUGCUUUUUUAUGGGGAGGUCUCUUGAUAGAUCUUUGGUUUGGUUUUUAUUUUGUCUGUGCUCCACAAAUUAGUUGCAAAUUUGGGCAGCUUUUCCCACUGAUUUGUUGUUUUUUUUUUUGUCUCAGAAUGCACUUUGAUGAUGGAAAUGAAGAUUUUUUUUUUCAGUGGUUGUGCACAUAAACACUUGUUUUUUGUGUGAGCUUUUAUCAUUCACUCUUAAUUUCUCCACAGUGAUGUAAAAGUAGUCAGGUUUAAGACAAGAGCCAGUGGUUGCUUGUUCUCUGCCAGGCUCCAGGCAGGUAUAGCAGGGACAGAUCACUUCAGCUGAGGGCCAAGGCCAAGGCUGGCACAGCAGGAGCUGGUUCCUGAUUCCCAUGGCACUGUGGGACCUCCAGCUGGAAAAACUCCCCAAACCAUGGACCUGCUGCUGGAUAUUUGUCGUGCCAGGUAUGUAGAGAUUAAUUGUGUAACUCAGGUUUAGUUCUUUGUAACUUUCUACCUCUGUGCUGCUUCUGUUCUUCUCAGACACCUUUAAUUCCACGUGCAGUGCCCUGACUUGGCAGUGACCUGUGCAAAGCAAUAUUUGGGAUGUGGCUCUGAGCAAACAGAGGGUGAUGAUGGCUCAUUUUCAUCCAGAAAAAUUCUUGGUGUUGAUAAUGAUUCAUUGCAAGCUUGGAAAGCCAAGCAGGGUGUGAGAAGGAAACUCUGAAUGCUGUGUGUUUGUGAAGGCACUGGAGCCAGGCCUGGCUUUCCCUCAGCCCUGACACACAGCACACCUGGGCUCUACCUUUGGGUGAUUUUGUCCUUUUUCCCCUCCAAGUCCCUCCGGUCUGUUGUUCCUGUGACCCUCAGUGGGGUUGGUGGUGGCAGAAGUUGGAGGAUGCUCCCAGCACCUUCUGCUGCCUUGGUGUGAGCAUUCACUGGGGGCUGGAGAAGGGAAAUUUCAAAAGGAUUUUCUCAGCUGUCACUGAACUUCUAGAGGUUCAGUUCUUUGGGGUUUUGGCUGAAUCUUUUGGAUUCUCAAUUAAAAAUGCAAUGAUUGAAUCCAGAAUAAGCAUAUUUUUGGUGUUUUGUGUAUAUAGUCAAAUGUAAACUAAUACAAUUGAGGUAAGUCAGGAGUAAAUUGACACUAAAUUUUAUUGUUGAUGAUGCUGUUCCAUGUGCUAAACCUGUGUGGUGUUUGCUGCAUUGGGGUCCAUGACACUUCCCAGGUUGAAUCCAGUCCUUACAGGGAGGCAUCAGAGUAUCCAGCACUCCAGGGUGUGGAGCUGGGGAGGGUUCCUUCCAUUGCUUCAUAUGUUCCAUGCUUUUCUCUGUUUUGAACAGAAAACCAUUGGUGGGAAUUUGGGAAAAUUUGGAACAUCACUAUGUAAGAAUACAGCAACUGCUUAGGAGAGCUAAUGAAAGGAAAUAGAUUUUAUGGAUAUUUACAAGAUUCACCCCAUUGAUUGGCUGAGUAGCUUCAUGCAGGAGUUAAUUAAUGCAGUGGGCAGGACUGAGGGAUCACAGGAUUUCCAGCACAGACUUGCUCAUUUUCAAGCAUCACCAACAUCCCCAAUCAGAGCCUGUAACUUUGCAAGUUUUCAUUUAUUUUAGUUUCAUUUUGACAGAUAGGUAGAACCACUUGUACACUGGGUCUGAAACAUUUCAGAUACUCAUUUGUUUUUUAUUAAUGCUGUUUCUGGAUGUGCUGCAGUUCAUUUGUUCCUCUCUCUGUCACCUUUAAUUGCUCUGUAAACUGCUCCAGGGGUAGCCCAGUCUCUGCUUUAACUCUUCCUUCUCUCUGCCUUUUGGGACAACUUUUCUGACAAAUCUUGUGGCUUGCAAAUAUUUGCAAAGAAUAAAAUUCAAUUUGUUU